ACGUUGUUUACAUCUGGACAUAAAUCUCCUCCGUUGAGCUUCUUCCACACACACGCACACACUUUACACACACUCCUCUCUCUGAUCCCCUUUAUCUCUCCCACUCUCUCGCGGAGCCCAUCUCUCUCUCUCUCUCUCUCUCUCUCAUAUCUAUAAUGCUGCAGCUGCACCAUCUCACUCAAUGACUUCUCCACCUCAACCCAAGACCCGAACCCGCACCCACAGCCACUCCCGAUCCCGCCGCCUCUCCGCCUGUUCGCGCCACCCCUCCCAACCCAUCACCGGCUUCUGCCCUCUCUGCCUCCACGAGCGUCUCUCCGGCCUCGAAUCUCCCGCCAAAGCCUCCACCUCCGUUUCCGGACCCUCCACUUCCCAAUCGGAGCUCCGACGUACCAAAUCAGUCUCUAUCCGCAACUUCGAUGCUUCCUCCUCGGAGCCUCGCCGCCAUUCUUGUGAUGUUAGAGGUAAAAACACUCUCUCCCACCUCUUUGAUGUUGAUGAUGAAUGUAAGUCUUCGUGUCGAGAAAUUCGUGUCGAAUCGAAAAGUCUAGAGAGAAAUGUUAUUGAUAGUGUCGAUGUAGAGAGUAAUGUGGGGGGUGUUAGGGUUUGUAGUGAUGAGAUUGAUGAGGAUGUGAUGACUAUGAAGGAGCAUAUAGAUCUCGAGUUAAGGAGUGGGGGGAAGAGUAAGAAGGAUUUUAAUAGUGUUGCGGGGAGUUUUAGGGUUGUUGCGUCUGUGUUUUCGAAGAAAUUGAUGAAAUGGAGGGUGAAGUCGUCGAGUAGGAGUAGGAAGAAGGUUGGUGGUGGAGAGAGGGAGGUUGGUGGGGGUGAUGAAGGUGGAGUGAUUGGGAGGGAGACGGUGUCGGAGGUAGGGGAGUAUGGAUUGGGGAGGAGGUCCUGUGAUACGGAACCUACUAGGUUUUCGGUGGAUGGGAAUAGGAUAUCUGUGGAUGAUGUGAGGUUUUCGUUUGAUGAGCCGAGGGCUUCUUGGGAUGGUUAUUUGAUUGCAAGGACUAUUCCGAGGUUGACGCCGAUGUUUUCUGGGGUGGAGAAUAUGAUUUUGGGUAGGCCGGAAGAGCAGAUGGGUUCAAUAAAGGAAGAUGAGAAGGAUGAGAUGACUUCUGGUUUGUCGGGCCAGAGUAAUUCGGAUUCAUCGUCUUCGCGUAGGCAGAGUAGUUUUGAUCGGACGAGUUCGAUCAGAAGUGGUUCUAUGAAAGCGACGGGGUUGCAGGGUGAUGAAGCAAAAGUGGCAGUGAAUUCGAAUGUUUUUGGUGGAAGCAAGUUGGUCAUUACAGAGAAAGAGUUGAAAGAUUGGCAUAUGAAUUCUAUUAAAGGUGAUCAGCCAAGGAGGAGCUUUGAUUCUGUACCCAAGGAUGGCAGUGUUGAUGCUUUGAUUGGGUUCAAAAAGUUGACUAAGUGGAAGAUGGCGGGUAACAUAUGGGGUUUCAAAAGUAAGCUUGGUGACAAAAAGACAGAAACUUUUGUAGAAGACAGAAGUCACGAACGUGUUGCUGAGCCCGACAAGGAGGAAAACAGGGAGAUUGGAAUAGAGAAUGGGGGCUUCAGUGGCAUGCUUGCUCGUAGCAGUAGUUGUGUUGCUGCUAGGAACCCUUGCAAACCGAUUGCAUUGGAUGAUGGUAUGGGUGCAAAAGAGCUUGUGCUGGACCGAAAUAGAAGUACAAAAUAUUCUUCCUCCAACUUUGACAAUGGCCUUUUGAGGUUCUAUUUGACUCCAUUCAGGAGCUAUAGGAAGACUAGAUCUGGAAAAGGUAGGUUAAAGAACUCCUCACCUGCUAUAGCCGGGGAGGUUUUAAGGCUGAACUGAAUGAAGGUACAAAUUUGAUCUUAGCCAGCAAUAUUUAAAUUUUAUAUGUACUUGGACAAAGCACAACAUUUUGUUUCGUUUAUCCUGUGCUCAGAUAUGUGUUUACAUAAGAGCUUUAUAUAAGAACUUCAAAGCGUUUUACAUUUAUAUGAGGUAAUCUCUUUGUCAGA